AAAUAGAACAUUGUUCACACUCUCAAUUCACCAACCUUUUGUUUCCUGAAAUGUACAAACACUAGAACCAGAUCCAAAAAGACACAGUUCUACUAUAUGGAUGAUGGCCCUGGCUUCUUCAAACCAUCUGUGUGUUUAGUCUUCUCAUUUGUGCACAACUCAAAGACAAGUCCACUAAGGUGAAAGAGAAUUAUUAAUAUAUUUAUUAAUGAUCAACUUUAUGCUAACAUGUUACAGCAUCAUUCUUCUCGUUAAAUAUUUUACUAAUUAAUAGACACAUUCACUGGAUCCAAGAAGCGUUGACGUUCAAGGUUUUCUUUGUAGUUUGAAGCAAAAUGGCGAUAUGGUUUCAGAGAAUUUUCCUGUUGCUUCUCGUUUCCUGUUGCGCCUCUUCAGAUUUUUUGGAAAAUCCAGACUUCGAAUCUCCACCGUUAAACUUACCUACAAACUCAAAUGCUAGCUCUGUAUCGCUGGAUCAGAACAGUACACUCCCGGGAUGGACAUUCCAAGGGACAGUGCUUUAUGUUGAACUGCCUGAUACCGGACACGCGGUUCAGCUCGGUGAAGAUGGCAAGAUCAAUCAAACAUUCAUUGCCAAAGGUGAUGAAUUGAACUACAUCCUCACAUUCGCACUGAUCCACGCAGGCCAGAACUGUACAAGCUCUGCUGGUCUCAGUGUCUCGGGGCCAGACAGCAAUGCGGUCUUUUCUUACAGACAAAACUACAGUAAGGUUUCAUGGCAGAGCUACAGUCAUAACUUGGGUAGUUGGGGGAAUGGUGAGCCUAUUAACUUAGUUCUUGAAAGUCAGGCAAUAGAUUCUGAUUCUGAUACAAACUCCACAUGUUGGCCUAUCAUUGACACAUUGCUUAUCAAGACUGUUGGUGUAACAUUGGUCCAAGACAGUGGUAACCUCUUAAUCAAUGGUGGAUUUGAGUCUGGACCUGGUUUCUUGCCCAACUCAACCGAUGGAGUUCUGAUUGACGCGGUUCCAAGCCUGAUUCAAUCACCAUUAAGGCAGUGGUCUGUCAUAGGAACAGUCAGAUACAUAGACUCGGAGCACUUCCAUGUCCCAGAAGGCAAAGCUGCAAUAGAAAUUCUGUCUAACACAGCUCCAUCUGGCAUACAGACAGCAACAAAAGGCACAAGUGAAGGUUCAAGAUACAACCUCACAUUUACCUUAGGCGAUGCUAACGAUGCGUGCAGAGGACAUUUCGUGGUGGGUGCUCAAGCUGGCUCCGUAACUCAAAACUUCACAUUGGAGAGUAAUGGGACUGGCUCUGGUGAGAAGUUUGGGUUAGUGUUUGAAGCAGACAAAGAUGCAGCACAGAUAAGUUUCACCAGCUACUCAGUUACAAUGACAAAAGAGAAUGUUGUUUGUGGUCCUGUGAUUGAUGAAGUGAUGGUACAUCCUCUUGGUGGAACAGCCUCAGUAAAACCCACUUGGCUGCUACUUAUUUUCGCUUUGUUGUAUGUUGCAGUUCUCUGAUUGAAACUGUUUGGGAGAGAGGUCAUAAAGAAGAUAUUUUUGCAAGGAGAUGUGAUAAUCAUUCUAGCUUCAUGAUUUAUAUAUGAACACAUUCGUUACACAUGAAUCUUU